AUGUCAUCGUUCGACCCGGAGACCCAAGACUCUACCUCGAAAAGCGAGGGAAAGCCCGAUGCCUGUGGACUUGCCUCGGCCUACUUUCGGGAGAUUGCGGAGAAGGGUGACGAUUGCUCCGACACCACCUCCUUCUUUGCCCUCUUUGUCAUCAAGACGGUCGGCGAGUGGGAGUGCCUCACCUCAGCGUCAGGAGAUGCCUCGGCGUUGGAAACGGGGCGAGAGGAGGUGACGGAGGCCGAUCCUUCGCUGAAUGAUCCUUGGAUGGGCCGAGACAAGUCCUUGCAGUGGGCGACAGCUCACGUGGAAUCAGGGGUAGCAAUUGGUACUGUGGAUGGGAUGGUGGUCAGUGGAGCCCUGGUCCAGCUGGCGCAUGCCUUGAAUCUUUUCCUUUUUCCACGAGGGGAAGGUGAUUGCGAUGACACCCGCAUGAUUGGACAUCCUGAGCAGGCCAAGCCGGUGUGGGAGAAGCUGAAGGCAGAGCUCACCUUCGGUGAGUGGCGAGAUGAGCAGCUUGACCUAGCCCGCACGCUGGUAGGGCUGGCACGCGCAGUGGCCAAACACAGUCUAGUGUUAUCGGCUUGGGAGGGAGUCGAAGUUGAAGACAUUGCUUUCUUGCUUGGAGACCGUGCACCAGGAACUCUGCGGAAUCACCUUUCAGGUUGGCGUAGGCAUCGGGCGGAACGAAUGAUCCGGCUAGCCACAUUCUUGGCGCUCUCUUUCAUGGCAUUGAGGGACUCGGUGCUUCGCUGGGAAAAGUUGUGGAAAAAUAUGUGGAACCGGCUGGUGGUGGAAAACAUUCUGCAACAACCACAUUGA